AAAUUGAUCAAAGAAAAGGAGAAAUUGGAGGCAACAAAAGAAACAUGGGGGAAGCAGAUGACGAAAUUGCAAGAUGCACUGGUUGAUUUUGGUAAAGGGGAAGGAAAAAGAAAAUUAGAGGAUGAGGGAAUUGGUGGUCGAAAGAAAGGGAAACAAACAUAUCCUGAAGAAUCAGAAGAAGGUCGUGAUA